CUUAAAGCUGCAACGUUUCGUGGAAACGAAAAGGUUGUAGAGAUUCUCGUUGCGUCUGGUGCAGACGUAAACUAUAAAGGGGGAACUUUCGGCACAGCCUUGCAAACUGCUGCCUUUGAAGGAAACGCAACAAUAGUGAACAUACUCAUCACCAAUGGGGCUGAUGUAAAUUGCGAGGCGGGUCACUUUGGUACAGCUUUACAAGCUGCUGCGUAUCGAGGACAUGAAAUCAUAGUCGAUAUGCUCAUCGCAAACGGUGCCGAUGUAAAAUACCAUGGGAAUCGUACUCGCUUUACAGCACUCAUUGUGGCGGCGAGCAAAGGCUACGGUGGUAUCGUAUCGAAGCUGGUUAAAGCGGAUGUGGAUAACCGCACGCUUAAUGUCAAGGGCGAACAUGGUACCGCUCUAGACCAAGCUGCAGGUAAGGGCCAUGAGCAAAUUGUGGAAGAACUUCUCCUAGCGGGCGCGGAU